GCUUGCUCGCAAUUGGAAUUGGACGCACUCAACGGCUUACGGCAGUGUUCGCGCUAACGUCGUCGUAGUCGCUCGUUCGUGGUCGCGCCUCUGAUAUAAUAUCUCGUCGGCCUUGGUAUCUAUUUUGAUUCGUUGUGGUGCGACACGCACUCCGACCCACGUAACACUAUUAAACAACAACACAACAAUGUCGACGGCAAUAGAAAACAGUUUGUCAGUAGACACUCGCGUCAACGGUCACGCGGGAUACAUCAAUGGCAACAGUACGAGCAACGGCACUCCGACCAACUGCACCUGGGAGCAGCAGUUCUUACCACCCCCACUGCAGCUUGAUGACAGAGCACGAGCUAUUAAGAUAGACUCCCGACUCGCCGGUCUGAUGCUUUGUGGGGCGACGUUGCGACGUGUCGGCGAGGUAUUCUCGCGAGAAAUUGAAAACGGCCUGCGCGAACGACCUUCUAGUCUCCAAAUGGAAAAUACAUAUGUUCCUGAGCUUCCCGACGGAACCGAGGAAGGCGUGUUCCUGGCACUCGAUCUCGGUGGUACUAACUUCCGCGUGCUACUUCUGGAGCUUCAAGCUGGUCAACUCGUCCGAGAAGAUGUAAAGCAGUAUCAUAUCAGUGACGCCUUGCGCCUCGGACCAGGUGAAGAUCUAUUCAACUUCCUGGCUGACUGCGUGCAGGAUUUCUUGCGCACCGAAGGCAUGGAGAAUGAUGAACUAUCCCUAGGAUUCACAUUUUCGUUUCCGAUGAAGCAGCAUUCGAUAUCAUCGGGCGAGCUCAUCACGUGGACCAAAAGUUUUAAAUGCGGCGGUAUGGAGGGCGUGGACGUGGCGGCGCUGCUGCAGCGCUGUCUGCACGCGCGCGGCCUGCGUGUCACCGUGCAAGUGUUACUCAACGACACCACGGGCACGCUGGUUGCAGGCGCGCAGCUCGAUCCUGCAGUUGUGAUCGGAGUUAUAAUGGGCACGGGCUCCAACGGCUGCUAUAUGGAACGCGCGGAGCGCGUGCAGCACUGGGAGGCUGCACAUGAGCGAGUGCAGGACGUGUGUGUGGACAUCGAAUGGGGCGCUUUCGGGGACAAUGGCUGCCUCUCUUUCUUACGUACUGAGUUCGACAAGGAGGUCGAUGACAAUUCUCUCCUCGCUACAUCGUUUACUUUUGAGAAGUACAUCGGCGGCAAGUACCUAGGAGAGUUGCUGUGCGCGGUGCUGAGUGGGCUGGCGCGCGACGGGCUCUUCCCCGCAAUCCCUGCGCGCGGCUCGCUGCUGUCUGCACACGUCAGCCUCUUCGAGGAAGAGAACGUGGCGGGCGUGUGCUCGCGCACGGCGGAGGCGCUGCGGGACGCGUGCGGCCGCGCCGUCUCGCGGCACGACGCGCUCGUGGCGCAGCACGUCGCCAGGGUCAUCUCCAACCGCGCCGCGCAGCUCGUCUCUGUCUGUAUCGCGACGCUGUUGCAUCGUAUGUCGCGUGCGCACGUGUCCGUGGCGGUGGACGGGUCGGUGUUCAAGCGCCACCCGCGUAUCCGCACGCUGAUGGAGAGGUACAUCGCGCUGCUCGCGCCGAACCACAAGUUCACGCUGCUGGGCGCCGAGGACGGCAGCGGCAAGGGCAGCGCGCUCACCGCCGCCAUCGCCGCCAGGAUCGCGGCGCGCUCGCUCUAAGUCUUACGGGCGUUUUGACCAUCGCGCUCGUUCAGAAAUAAGAAUUGUAGUUAUUUGAGAGGAGGGAGAGAGAGUUAUGACCAAUAUAAUGUCCGCAUUUUCGUAUACACGUCCAGUGACAUCGCUUUCGUCUAAUGUCUUAAACAUUGAUCUUAAUUCUGACCGCUCAUUGGUCGCCUAUUGGGACAUCAGUUCGAUCCACCAAUGACGGUUCAAAUUCUGAUGAAUUGAUCUGACUUUGAUCAGCGUUGAAACAUUUAGAUCACAAAUGAAUUGGUUACUAUGCAACCAUAGAGUUACAUAUUGUUAGAGCUGCAUAUUGCUAGCGAUAUUUCCUUAUUUUUCGAUAGCGAUAGUACUAUUGUUUAUUUUAUUCAUGUAUCUGUAUAAAAAAAGACAUGUAUUUGCAUACGAAAUAGUAUGUAAAAUGUACACAUUAUAACUUUGUAAAUGAUUUGAUAUCGUCUGUUUUAAAGAUUCUACUUGUAUUGAAACCACUAAUUCUUAAACAUUUUUAGGAAUGACGAUAUUUAUGGUUCUUAUAUUAAUUUUCCUUAAUGUAUAAUUUGAGAUUCCAAACGACCUCUGUCCCGAGGGUGUCUCCUGUGUGAUCGCACCGCGACUCAGGUCGUGUGGUCGUUACGAUCUUUUUAAAUGACAAUAAUUUCAAUUUUCCUCGCACAUACAUAAAAUAAUAAUUACACAUCCCACGAGAUAUUAUCUUACAACUCUUGUUUACACAAGGUAUUUGUCUCUCACUAUUAAUUUAGUUUAGUUGUCUUACUGCUGUUAACAAUUCGAGUUUUAUCAGUCCGCGCGUCAUGAUGACACGAGGGGUAAUGAUCCGGAACACGAGUACGUUUAAUAAUGUCUGAUUAAUAACUCAUUUCAAACCGAAAUUGAUUAUAAUAAUAUAAACUGAUUUUGUAGACUUAUGUAGGAUUGGUCAGAAACAUAUUUUACAAAUAAAAAUGGCCAGGCGUUGUAGUGAGGCCGCAAAGUCUGAAGUGUAGCUGUGCGCAUGCGUGUGUGUCGUCGCUCGCGGGUCGAGUUGUUUGAUGUGUUUUGUAGUAAAAUAUACAAAAGAUAAUAUAUAGUUAUUAGAAAGUAAGAUACUAUUGUUCGUGCCAUACUCAUUAGGUAUACUUUUAUUGGAUUGUAUUGGACGGGAGGAUACUUUAGACUUGGUCGCGAAAUCAUUUUAAGAUGUCAAACAGUAAUAAGAGAGUUAAAUGUAGCUUUUCCCUGUCAGAUUGGAUUGUCGAAUGUCUGUGACGUCACUAAUUAGAUUCAAGUUUGAAGUUUAUUUUAUACAGCAUUUGUAAUAUUCAAAAUGAAACUUAAUUGUAUUUACAUUUUCUCUGCAAGCAAGUAUUAAUAUUGUUUUAGGAGAGUAAGGACGUCCACUUCGUGGCGUGGCGUGUAUUGGGCGUUCUUUCAAGACAAUUUUAUGUCUAAUUAAUCGAUUCUUUCCGUGUAAUGAAUACGAAUAAUCAAAUUAUAAAAAACCUUUAUAUUGUGACGUCACUGAUGUAACGGCUUCGUUUGACCAAGUGACACAGAGAGGGUGACUCCAGUGAUUGUAAUCGUAAGAUUUGAAGUGAUUUAUCUAAAUAGAAUUAAUGUAUUACAUUAAGUAUCAGGGUUGGGUAGGAUAGAUAUUAAACGAAAAUAAAAGACUAUUUUACGGCAACUAAAUAAAUAUAUGGAUAUUGUAACAUAGAACUAUUUACAUAAUGUUAAUAGUAAUAGUAACUCAAAAUAGAAGGAUAUAUUUAUUAUUAAAGUAAGUGCUCUACUUACUGUAGCUUAAGGAAGCUGGUGAUAAGCAUUUGUAACGUUUACCUAUUAUUUACAUUCGUUUAUUAGAAAUGAUUACUACAUAUAAGUUAUUAUAUUUUACAUUGUUAGAAAACAAAACUCGCAGCUUUAUAUUUUAAUAUUAUCUGUACAAAAAAGGUACUUACGUGUUACCGCCACCGCAGCCAAAUGAAAACCGGCGAAUGCACCAAUACAGGCUCGGUUAGGUUUUAUUUAUUUCAAUUUAAACUAACCGAUAUUCGCUGAUUUUUAUUUGGCUGCGGUGGCGUUAAAUCGUAAAUGGCCAUAAAAAUAUUAUUGUUUUAUAAUUUUAAGAAAAGAUUGAAUAAAUAAUCGAAUUAUUGCAA